ACUUCCUCCUGCUUGUCCUUUUUAUUAUCAUGCCAUCCUCUGUGUCAGUAUGCCGCAGCAACGACUGUUGUUUGCAAACAACUCUUACUUUGGUGAUAAAAAUCUCCAUCACCAGACUUUCAUAAAAGUCGGUGAGCGAUUCUGACACACCUUGAAUUGAAGAACUGAAUUCUGUCAGAACUUUUCUGUUUGGAAACUUUUCCUCACUGAUAAAAACUGAAAAAUAUUCCAAAACAUCUCUACAUCAUCUCAACUUCACUACUGGCCUCCAAAUAAACCCCAGAAUACAAACUAGUUAUUUCGGACUGAACUGUACUAAAAAUAUGAAGUGUUGUCAUGUAUGAUCUCCAGACUUCCUGCCUCACACGACUCACAAAGAUGGCUGCAGCUCUGACUCUCCUUUUCAUCGGCUGUCUGCUGCAAGAUGUCAUGUGUGGAGGUCUUCCAGAGAAGGUCAUUAUGCCACAGGCUAUCGACGCUCUGAGGGGAUCCUGUGUGACCAUACCCUGUUCCUUUGAAGUACGGAGAGAAUAUAAUGUCUAUUUAGAUCAAACAUGUGAAGCAUUGUGGAAAACCGAUGCAAACACUAUUGUGUUUAACAGCAGUAAUCCACAAAGUUCUACAAUUAAAGGACAUUUCACAGGAAACUUAAGAAAUAAAGACUGCACAACCACUCUGAACAACAUGCAACCUGCAUACAACAACAACAAUUAUUACCUCAGAGUGGAAUGUGCCAAUACCCUGAAACAUAACAUGGAUGACCAAAAAUUGCAAAUUUCAGUGAGAGAUGAUCCUCCCACACCGACUCUCACUCCACCCACAGUGAGGUGGGUGGAGGGAACCUUAGUGAGUGUGAGGUGUUCUGCUCCAGCUCCCUGUCUGUCUCUUCCUCCAGCUCUCACAUGGACCCCCCACCUGGGUGGCAGUCAUGAGACACUGCAGGAGAAUCUGGACAAAACUAAAGUCAAAAUCUCCACUCUGACCUUCAAUGCAUCUCACCUCCAUCACAGACAGAACAUCUCCUGUACUGCCGUGUACACAAAACAAGAUUGCAGCACCGAGUCAUCUGCUACUACAAGUUUAACAGCUGAUAUUUCAUAUUCACCCAAACACACCUCAGUGUCAGUCAGUCCCUCUGGUCCAGUACCAAAAAACAGUACUGUGACUCUGACAUGCAGUACUACUGCUAACCCAGCAGUAGUGACCUACACCUGGUACAGAACUGAUGGAGGCCAAGGGACUUUUAUUGGGACUGGACAUGUUUUAAACAUUACAGCUUCUGAAGUCAGAAGUUCUUUUUUCUGCAAGGCUGAAAAUAAUGUUGGAGCUGGACGAUCCAACAUCAGUCACAUCGAUGUUCAAUAUUCACCCAAACACACCUCAGUGUCAGUCAGUCCCUCUGGUCCAGUACCUAAAAACAGUACUGUGACUCUGACAUGCAGUACUACUGCUAACCCAGCAGUAGUGAACUACACCUGGCACAGAACUGAUGGAGGCCAGGAGACUUUUAUUGGGACUGGACAUGUUUUAAGCAUUAGAGCUUCUGAAGUCAGAGGUCCUUUUUUCUGCAAGGCUGAAAAUGAUGUUGGAGCUGGACGAUCCAACAUCAGUCACAUCGAUGUUCAAUUUGCUCCACAGAUCCUGCCCUCAUCUUAUUGCAAUAAAACUGCAGAGCAGCUCAACUGUUCCUGUGAGACUGUGGGAAAUCCUUCUCCCACAUCACAGUGGUAUUUGGAUGGGUUGCCUGUCAAUCACUCUGACAAGUUUGCAAUCAGCAGUGAGUCUGUAAAAGACACGAGUGUGAGGAGCAUCAUCUCUGUGAAUCGACCACAGUGGAAGGGUCUUUCCACCUUGUCCUGCCUCAGCUCCAACUCUCAGGGAUCUGUCAGGCAACCUUUUUAUGUCUACGUCCUUGAGCCUCAAACAUGUGCUGAAAGUCAUGACAAAGUAACCUUGUAUGCCUUCAUCACCACAGUUGCUGCACUGCUUGUAUUAGUAUGUGCUCUGCUCUUAGUUAUCAGGUCUCAGAGGAUUCACCACAACCUUCCUCAGAACACAGUUGCCAUGACUCAACUUCUUACAAGUGGAGAGGGAAAUGAGAUACCCAAUGCAACAGAAGAGGACAUUUAUGCCAACGUCCAAAGACAGGGCGAUGUCGCCUACUGUGCCGCUAUCGCUGAAGUGAACAGCCCCAACUUCCCCAGCUCCGGGCCAAACAAUGUAGAAGGAGUCAAUACAAGCUCAGAGAAGAAGGAGGAGGGCAGUGGUGUGAUUUACUCUGGUGUGAACUGGAAAAGCAAGAGCAAGAGGAGGAAGGAAGAAGUUGCUGGGGACAUGGAUCAGCCUGGUAGCUCCUACCUUGCGGAGGAAAGGUGCAUGUUGGGAGGCACGUGUAGAAGUUUUAUGAGCAAUGCAAUGGAGUUGGGAAACCUAUAUGAUGAAGCGCAGCCUCGAAAUGUGAAUAAAGGAAUGGAAUGUGAAUAUGCCCAGGUUAAAUUUAAAAGCAAGAGUGUUAAAAAAUAGAUGCACAACUGGAUCCAGGAUCAGCUUUUGACACGGACAUUUAGAUGAACAGAAUUGUGUUCUUUUGGUUUAAGUUCUCAGUUUGUUUGGGUUUUUUUGAAGAUCUCAAUAUAUUCUUGUCAUAUAUUUAUAUAUAUAUUCUCGUUCAUAAUAUUUUGUAUUUUUACUUAUUUUUUACUCAGUGAUGUUUGAUGCUUCAGCACACCAAGACAUUAUGGACAAUGCUAUGCUUCUAACUUUGUUUGGUGAAGGCCCUUUUCUAUUCCAGUGUACAAAGACUUGUUAGAUGAGUUUGGUGUGGAAGAACUUCAGGGGAAAGGGGAAAGGGGAAACUGUGGGGUAAGAGGUAUUACAGUUCACACAUUUUAGUUACGAAAGAGACCCACAGGAAGUUUUCAUGUAUUCAUUCUCACACUCUGUUAUGAAUUGGCACUUUAAAUAAAAUUGAUUUGAAUUGAAUUGAAUUGAGUUCGUUAGCACACCUGCAAGAGUCCGCCGAGGGUAGGCGGUUUCUAUGGCGAUGCCUAGCUAGCUAAGUGAGGGCGCUCACAAUGGCCUCAUAAAUGCCGCCCUAAUUUCUUUUACAUUUGAAUAAAAGGACAGGUGGAUGCAAGAUUAUGUUGUUUGGUUUAGCUAGUCCCAAAAGUACCUGAAGGACCUAAAUUGUAAAGGCAGAAUUACCGUUAUCUGGUGGAAAUGGCAGACAUGGGGUAAACUGAAUAUUUAUCACUGUUAAAUAACGAGUAGAAUAGGUUAAAGGGUCUCAGUUCAGUUGCACUUGAACACAGAGGAGGGCACUCAAAAUAAACUGAAAAUAUAAAAGUUUAAAGAGGGAAACCGUUUAAUUAUUAUUAUUUCUUCUUUUUUUUUCUUUUUUUUACAUUACUUUGUCUUUAUAAUAACACAGAGUCAAGAGGAAGUAAGAUUAAGUAACUGCAAAGAUGCAGAUCAAGUCUUUCAUGUUGACCUUGGAGGCAGCUGUUUGGACUAAACUGAUCAUACAAGAUCAACUGGAACUACCAGGAACCAAACUACCAUGUGACAAGUUAUUUUAAUUAUCUUGUAGUAAGGUCCUUAUCUCUUGAAAUAAUGUUAGGAUAAUAAAACUGUUAUGAUUACUAUGAAGAAAUUAGUAAUUUCUUGAAGCAGCAGAAGAAAAAUGAAUGGCUAUUCAAUUGUAUUUUUUGGGCAUCCUGGUGGCCUGCUCACAGUGUGUCAAAAAAUAAUGUUUAAAAAUACUUUCAAAUUUGUCUAAUUGUAAUUAUGUAUCCUAAAUUGCUGUAAACAAUCUGUUUCUCUAUCGUGUGUGAUUUCAUUUUUUUAAGGCCACAAAGUCUAUACCGGACAAUGUCCAACUAGAGGUAAGGUAAGGUAAAGAAAACUAUUUUAUUCUCAAUAAAUAUUUGGCAUAAUUUAUUGAUAUAUUGAGUAUCUAAAGAGGGUAAAAAAGUUAGGUAUUCAUGACAUUAUGAUGAGUAGCACAUUUUGGUUUUGUACCUCCUCAAAGACCUUAAACAUUCAAAAUUUCAAUAUUGUUUUUCAAUAUCAACCAUGUAUUGCUGUGCAAAGAUGCAAUAACAUAUCAUGUGCCUAAAUUAAAGAGGAUAUUUAAAGCAUGCAAUUGGGCUCUACUAACUUCUUCUUCUU